AUGGACUGCAUGCGGAAACAAUUCGACAAGGACCUCCUCCUGGACGGUCGUUACAAGACUCUGUCUCCUCUCAACCAUGGCUCCUUUGGAAUGGUCUUCAUGGCCAAGAACGUCAAGACCGAUGCCACGGUUGCUAUCAAGUGCAUCGCCAAGCCCUCAUCUUCCGAUGCUUGCCCCACUGUCAUGGCCGUCGACGAUCGUUCCGAGGAGUUGGAGAUCCAUGCCCAUCUCGGCUCGCAUCCCAACAUCGUCAGCCUCCUGGACACUUUCGAGAGUGAGCACCACACGUAUCUGGUCAUCGAGUUCUGUCCCAAUGGAGAUCUGUAUGAGGCGAUCCGUCUCAACAGAGGUCCUUUGGAAACCGAGCACGUGCGUGACUUCAUGAUGCAGCUGAUCUCCGCUGUGGAAUUCAUGCACGCCAAAGGAGUCUACCACCGUGACAUUAAACCCGAGAACAUCUUCUUGACUCAAUCGGGCUCGAUGAAGCUCGGUGACUUUGGUCUUGCUACCAGAGAUGAGUGGUCUACCGAGUACGCUGUUGGCAGCGACCGUUACAUGGCUCCCGAGCAGUUCCAGGAGACAAGCUACACCAAUGGUUAUUCGCCUGCUGCUGCUGACGUCUGGGCGAUUGGUAUCUGCUUGUUGAACGUCUUGUUCUCUCGCAACCCCUUCGCUACCCCCACCCAGUCGGACCCUCUGUUCGAUGACUUUGUCAUGGACCGCCAGUCUCUCUUCGAUGUCUUCCCCACCAUGUCUCAGGACACCUUCAAUGUCUUGAUGCAUUGUCUCGCUCUCGACCCUUCCAGGCGUUCUUUGGAUGCCGUUCGCACUGCCCUCAAAUCGGUUGUUAGCUUCACCACUGACGACGACGCCAUGGACGAUUUCUGCAUCGAGGAUCGCGAUCCUAUCCGUGCUACCCUCAACCGCGAGCCUCUACGUACCCCUUCAAUCACAAGCCCUACCAUUGACAAUGGUGGCUGCUUCCCAUGGGCAAAGGCUCUGCGCGAGACCUCGCAGAAGCAUGGUCGUCAACUCUCGGUCAUCCUCGACAACGAAAGCUACACGGAGGACCUCUUCCCCGAGGAGAAGGAGGCCACUGGAAAGAGCUGGUUCACUUCCACGGAUCCCGAUUCGACUUCGUUGAACUCGACCAUGGAGUCUUCUCUGGGCAUGUCGUACAAAUCUGCCAACAACUCUGCCGAGCUCAUUGGUCACGCUUCUUCCAGGCCCGUCCCUAUCUCUUCGUCCGUUCCCAUCAAGAGUUCCAGAGCUCUGGCUUCGGUCUAUGGCAACAUGGAUGCGAACUUCUCCAAGAGCUGGAGUGACCUUUGGGAGGAGGAUGAAGAGGAA